UUGUGGGAUGCCCAUUAAAUCCUAAUUAAUGGGCAUCUUUGGCGCCAGGGCAAUCAUAUUUUCUUAGACCUAUAACAUGUGGUGUAAAUAACUGAUGCCAUCUAAUCUCCCUGUCUCCUUUCUGAGAAAUUUGGUCCUUGAACUGGUUGGUUUGGCAUUCCCGUUUCCAUAGAAACAAGCGCGCUUGUCGGAAAACAGGACGUUCGGGUUUCACUUCCGGUUCACGCCGGAAGUUGACUCGACCGUCCGCACAUGGGUGGCCCUAGGGAGGAUGCCGCUCGUGGUGUUUUGCGGGUUGCCGUCUAGCGGCAAGAGCCAGCGGACGGAAGAGCUACGCCGGGCGCUGGCCGACGAGGGCCGAACGGUGUACGUGGUGGACGACGCUUCGGUGCUGGGCGAUCAGGACGCGACGGUGAGGGCGUACGGCGACCCUGCCGGUGAGAAGGCGCUGCGUGCGGCGCUGCGGGCCGCGGUGGAGCGGCGCCUGAGCCGGCAGGACGUUGUCAUCCUGGACUCCCUCAACUACAUCAAGGGCUUCCGCUACGAGCUGUACUGCCUCUCGCGGGCCGCGCGCACGCCGCUCUGCCUGGUUUACUGCAUACGCCCGGUCUGGCCGAGCCCUAGACCUCAGGGGGCUGAGGCCGCUCAGAACCGCGACCCGGCAGCUGUCAGUGUGAGCUGGAGGCCGCGCGCCGCUGAGGGCGAGAAACCUCGGGUGGCCGGCGCCGUGGGGGAACAGCGUCCCGCCAGCCUGUUAGAAAAUGGGGCGGCCCUGCCGGCCCUCCCCAGGGAACUGGAGCCGGAGGAAAUCCUGCCAUCAAGUCCUCCAGCGGGUGUAACUCCGGAAUCCGAGAAAUCUGUGAAGCCUGCUUCCAGUGCCUUUCCUCCCGAACUUCUGGAGUCCUUAGCGCAGCGCUUUGAGGCUCCUGAUUCUCGGAACCGCUGGGAUCGACCUUUGUUCACCGUGGUGGGCUUUGAAGAGCCAUUGCCCCUGGCUGAGAUCCGAUCUGCACUGUUCGAGAACCGGGCACCCCCGCCCCAUCAGUCUACUCAGUCCCAGCCCCUGUCCUCUGGCAACUUUCUGCACCAGCUGGAUCAGGCCACGAACCAGGUGUUGAGUGCCGUGAUGGAAGCACAGAAGGGCGCCGUACCCGGAGACGUGUUAACACUUCCUGGCACCACGGAGCACCUCCUGUUUACCCGGCCCUUGACCAUGGGGGAACUGAGUCGUCUCCGUCGCCAGUUUAUUUCCUAUACAAAAAUGCAUCCCAACAACGAGAACCUACCUCAGCUGUCCAAUAUGUUUCUAAAGUAUCUGAGCCAAAAUUUGCCCCAAUAGAGGCACUGGGAGGCGGCGAUGGUUCCUGUCUAAAUUGCACUGUACUUUGUCCGGGAAGAAUAGUGUGAAGGUCUACAGAUCCUACUGUACUAGGAUUGCUAAGGUUGACUGAUUCAAUUUCCUGGCCACCGCUGUGCGUGUCGUGUCACGCCUGUGUGUAUAGCAUAAGCUAAGGCAUAGGAGUAGUAGCUCCAGAAAUCUCAGGUGGGCAGUUUUUCUUUGGACUCUGCCUGGGGAUAUUACAUUUGGAUGGAGGAGAAUUGUUUUAAGUCAACUGUGAGUAGAAGACGAUACAGUUUUGUAAGGCCCUUUCAUACUACAAAAAAAAAAUAUAUAUAUAUAUUUGAGUAUAGUACUUCUUGCUAUCUAUUCUGCAUCAUGGAACACAGAUACGUUUUUUGUUCUGGGGAAACUGAUAUUUGUAUAAGACAACCAUUAGUUAUUUCCUCUAAUAAAAGUUUUCAAAGUUGUUUGCUGGA